GUCCAGUCAAAGUUAGCUUAGUAUACCGCGGCCGGUAGGCCGCGGCGGCCUGCAAUAGCAUUGGGUUACAGAUUUCAAAUCUUAGAAAACAGUUUGGUAGUAAUGUCAGAAUGUAAUACCGUAACAUGCAUCAUAAAGAUACCCCCCAUUGGUAUGCUGGCAUGCUUCUUCCUUUCUCUGUCUUCAGGUGGCCGUGUUUGCUUAGGGAGCGGGGCACAACCAAAGCUGCAAGUGAAACAUAGGCCCGGGCCAUUCCACCCUCGACUCGGUGACAGCCACUGAGCGGCCGUGACAAUAUCUCCCGGGCAGCUCUGAGCAAUUGCGCCACUGAGGAUGGACGCACUGAGCGUAGUUGUGGAUUCAGUGUAUGCGCCCGCUGUGUCAGCUGUCAUCACGCUGCAAGUGGUGGUGCUGACGUGGAGCCUGAGCAGGUUCAUUGUAAGCCUGCUCGCGCGGUUUGGAGACCUGGCCGUGUUGAACAAAGAUGCGGAGGAGGGGGGGAAGUACAUAUCGUCUUCACUCUACUCAUUGCAAGAGUCGAGUGGCUACCCCAAGGGCGAAAACAUUUCCUCCUUAGUUCAACAAGUGUUCAAAAUGGUGAUCAGCAAAGAGGGGCGGCUGACCAAUGCUCGGCUGAACACCACUGAGAGAGAUGGAGCCAGGAAAAGAAUCUUCAACAAGUAUGAGCUUCGGCACCUGGACGGGCUUGUUGUGAAGGACACAGGCGUGAGCUUCACAUUCAAAAAACCGAGAGGAGUGCCUCUGAGCUAUGCAUUCAACAACUACUUUAGCUUCUUCAUUGAGGGAAGUGAUUUGCCCCUGAUUCUCGUGGGGCUUUCCGGCGAUUAUGUAGGGGCAAACCUUGCAGUUUCGUAUGCUUGUGGUGUCAAGGGGGUGUUUGUUGCAAGCAGCGACACUAGGUUGAUUGAUCGAGACGGGAAUAGGAUCUUCAACUCAAGCCAGCUUGAUCAAGUGUUGAGCGCCAUAACCAACUCUGAAGUGACGGCUGAGUUGUUUGACUACUCUCGUGAUGAAGUUUCUGGUAUGAUCAUGUGCGCGUCGGUUGAUCAAAGUGGCAAGGUGUGCAUCAAGGCGGAAGGAGCCUCUUACAAGAGUCCGGAUUUGGAUGUAUGUGGUGACGAACCAAUCGUCACGAGCGGAGUUUCGUACACAUAUGAACGGAAUCCCGACAAGACGUCUAGGCAAGUAAGAUCAGCCAAUGAAAUCCAAGACAUCCUCGAUAUCAUCAAUGGGACUUUCUACUCUUUGGCCUACGGUGGUGACGUAGUCAUCUACGAGGAGACAGUGAGUCAGCUGCGGGUGACUGCCCUGAUAUUGCUCCCUCUUGUACUGUCCCUCCUAUCUCUGGCUUUGGACCUGGUAACUUCGACAGCCAUCUUGAAGCAUUAUAAGAGUCCGCUGUCCGACGUACUCGGGGGGCUUAUCAUUGAGCAAGUCCAGGAGAACAUUGGCAGGGUACGUAGCAGUAGCCCGCUGUUUUUGCACAGGGACGAGGCAGGCAUUAUGAAUGUAAAUGGGAAUGGAGAAAAGGUGGUCUUCACCUCGAAGUAGAUAGAUUGACAUAUAUUAGUAUCCAACGGUAAUAAUACCAUACUGUCUAGGUAGAUUUGUGGUGACUCAGUGACCUCUGUCGCGUCGGGCCGGUCUUGCGUGGAGCGCCAACUAUUUCAAAUGAUAGCGCGUAAUUGAAAUGCAGUGCAUGGACGAUUGAAAAACACGUGAUUCUUGCAUGAACUUAAUAAUAAUAUGAGUAUAUAUGAG